AUUACUGUUUUUGUUUGGCAUUUCAAAUUAACUCACGUUUUCCCAGCGUACCGGAAGGCAACAGUUGCGUUUUUGGAGACACGGAACACGGAUGUAUCGGAGCAAACGGAAGUGUUCACUUGGUAACAACAAUCGGAUAUUUUAUCAAAAGAUCUCAGUUUUCACUUUUUUCCGCUUCUCGACUAUGCUAAUCAUUUGCUAAAAGGUGUAAUACAGAAGGAAAUGGAGGAAAUAAAAACCGAGCCAGUGGAUUUUGUGAGGGAAUUCCAAGAAUACCUGACACAGCAAACCCAGCAUGUCAACAUGAUUUCAGGCUCUGUCUGCGGAGAAAAGGAGGCAGGAGAGCCGCCUUAUCAAGCAGUUGCCCCUCGGAGUGAGCAGAAUGGUCAGGACCUGGCGUCUGUGGAAAUGAGUUUGCCUAUAGAGGAUGGAUCAGAUGUGCAGAUGGAUGGUCUGGAGAGGACCUUUGAUGGGAAGUACAAGUGCAGCUACUGCAGCUAUGCCAACAAGGGCAUGACUCGUUUAAUAGAGCACAUCCGCAUCCAUACAGGAGAAAAACCCCACCGCUGCCAGCUUUGCCCAUUUGCCUCGGCAUAUGAGCGACACUUGGAAGCCCACAUGCGUUCGCACACAGGAGAGAAACCAUACAAAUGUGACCUCUGCGCCUUCCGCUGUAGCGACCGCAGCAACCUGUCUCACCACCGCCGGCGUCGACACAAGCUCCUCCCUACCAGAGUCGUCCGCUCUCCUUUCACCAACAAAAGAAUGCUGAGCUCCCUGCAGAAGAGGACCAGCUCACUGGGCUUCAGCAGGCGGCUGCUCAUCAACAUCAACCCUCCCUCCAUGAUGAUGCCAAAAACAGGUUAUUUGGGUGACUUUCCUCAUAAGGUCCACAAUCAUUUAAACAAUAGUGAGUAUAAGAACCAUAACAAGGUGGAUGAGAAUGACAGUCUAAACAGAACCUCUAAUGGUCUGACAUUUAACAACCCUCUGGAUCAGUUGUCUACACUCGCAGGCCAGCUAGCAGACCUUCACCCUGAAUCUCAAACUCCUGCAUCCCCAGAUAGAGACUCCUCAAGAGAAGAGAAGCCUGUCCUCAUGCAGCACAUCUCUAAUGAACACAUUGCGAUGUGUUCAAAUGGCGUUCAGACUUCACCUCUCAAUAAAGAUUCUCCCACCUCAGGCCAUGAGAGCUACAGCCCUGUCCCCCCUGGCCUGGGCUUUGAAAGCAGCAUGAAUACUAUGACUGCAAGUGUGAGCAACAGCCAACCAGGCACCCCCGCUCCCCCUGCACAGACCACUGUGGACCAACAGCUGGUACAAAAAUGUCCACACUGUGAUAUUCACUUUAUGGAUAACAUACUCUACACCAUUCACAUGGGCUGCCAUGGCUAUGAGAAUCCAUUUCAGUGCAACAUCUGUGGCCACAUGUGCAUGGACAGAUAUGACUUUGCGUGUCAUUUUGCCCGUGGACAACAUCGAAAAUGAUUC